CACGUGGCGCGGCGGCGGGUCAAGUCACCGAGAGGGUCAGGUGAUCGGCUCCCAGUCGGCUGCAGUCCGUGCUGAGGGCUCGCCGCCGCCGCCGCUGCUUCCGCCUCCGCUGCCGUUUCCGCCGCCGCCGCCGCCAUGUCCGGGCUCGCGCUGCUGUAUUCGGGGCUGGGGCUGAGCGCGGCCGCCGCCCUCACCGGCAUUGGGAUCUGCUACACAAUAUUUGGCCUGGGAUUUCGUUUUGAUGUGGCAUGGUUCCUGACCGAGACCUCGCCAUUCAUGUGGUCCAAUCUGGGCAUUGGACUGUCUAUCUCACUGUCAGUGGUGGGCGCUGCUUGGGGCAUUUACAUCACUGGAUCCAGCAUAAUUGGCGGUGGUGUCAAAGCACCAAGGAUCAAAACCAAAAAUCUAGUCAGUAUCAUCUUUUGUGAAGCUGUGGCCAUCUACGGGAUCAUCAUGGCUAUUGUGAUUAGCAACAUGGCAGAGAAUUUCAGUGGCAGAACUCCUGAACAAAUUGGUAGUCGGAAUUAUUUUGCAGGUUUCUCCAUGUUUGGGGCAGGCUUAACUGUGGGCCUCUCCAACCUCUUCUGUGGUGUAUGCGUGGGCAUUGUGGGCAGUGGUGCAGCACUGGCUGAUGCUCAGAAUCCCAGCCUUUUUGUCAAGAUCCUCAUUGUGGAGAUCUUUGGCAGUGCCAUUGGGCUCUUUGGAGUCAUUGUGGCUAUCCUGCAGACGUCAAAAGUGAAAAUGGGCGAUUAAGCUGUUUGCCAUCUAUCUGUUUGAUCACUGCAGAUUCUGUACAUAUUUAUUUAAUGUCUCCUGUUGGCUUGGGGCGGAGCUUGGUGUAUAAAAUUAUUCCUGUGAUCUUCGCCUAUUGGGCCACGGAAGAACCUGACCAAUUGAUGUGUAUGUGUGAGAAAUCUAUCCUUCUCUUCCUGUGUCCCUUUCCUGCUCCACGUCUCCUGAAGAAAAGGCCUGAGUGCCUAUGGUGGCAAGAGCCUGCAGGGCUCCAGCCCUUGCACUCCUUAUGGCAACCACUGCCAAAUGCAACGUGUUCUGUGAAAGAAACUCAUUCGUGUCCCAAGUAAUUGCCCUUCUUUGUGUGCUCCCUCCUGCUAUGCCCCUCCUCUUCUCCUCCCAUCCUCCUACUGGCUCCGAUGGUCCAUUUUCCCUGUGACUAAUGGGUGGCACUGGCUGAAGUCUUGGCAUUGAAGGCUUUGGGAAAUGUCCUCCUAGAUUCACCUGCUCCAUACUGAAGGGGCACAUAGGAGUUGGAAGGUGUAAUUUUUGGAGUUCUCUGAAGCAACACAAAUGAUUGGUUAUUAAAAUUGAUAAUAAUUAAA